UAUAAAUGUUCUUGUAGUUACCACCAUGAGUUGGCUUCUUAUAACAAUGGCUAUUAUUAAUUCUCUUAUCUAUCACAGAUUUUCAUACCACAUUUUCAUCCUCAUAAAAGAAAAAAAAAAUAUGGAACUUACAGGCACAAGCUUAGCAGCAGUAUGGCUUUCUUCAAUCCAGCAUUUUCCUGUGUUAUUCUUAAUUUCUGUAAUCAUGCUAUGCUUCCAACCUGCUGUUUGUAUCACUAAAUUGGGAAAUGAGACUGAUAGGCUUGCUCUUUUGGAAUUCAAAGCCAAGAUAAGCAAUGAUCCAAAUGGCCUCUUCAGCUCAUGGAAUGACUCUGUCCACUUCUGCAAAUGGCAAGGUGUUACUUGUGGCCCCAAUCAUCAGAGAGUUACGUCUCUAAAUCUGCAGGGGUUUAGCUUGUCAGGGAACAUAUCUCCACAUGCAGGGAAUCUCACCUUCUUAAGGUUUCUCAGCCUUGGAGACAACAGAUUCCAUGGAGAAAUUCCUCGAGAAGUUGGUCACCUCUUCAGAUUGAGAUUUCUUAACCUGACGAAUAACCAGUUGAGUGGUGAAAUUCCAGGUGGCAUCAGCAAUUGCUCAGAGCUCAGGGUUGUAAGUUUGAUGAAUAACAACUUAGUGGGAAAAAUCCCAGCAGUGCUAGGCUCUUUAAAGAAGCUUGAGAUUCUUUCCUUUCGCAAAAAUAGUCUCACAGGAGAGAUCCCGUAUUCGUUUGGAAAUCUUUCAUCCCUCCAACAGAUUCUCCUAACUUAUAAUAAUUUGCAGGGAAAGAUUCCAACUGAAUUGGGACACUUAACAAGCUUAACUUUAUUUGCUCUCGGAGUUAAUAAUCUGAGUGGUCCAAUACCUCCUUCCCUUUACAAUAUCUCAUCUAUCACUACCAUUGAAACUACAUAUAAUCAAUUAAGUGGGAGUCUCCCAGCAAACAUAGGCCUUACUCUUCCUAACCUGCAACAACUGCUCUUGGCCGAAAAUGGAUUUUAUGGAACUAUUCCAGAAUCAUUGGCCAACGCUUCUCAGCUUUGGCUUAUUGACAUAUCUACCAACAGUUUCACGGGACCAAUUCCGAUUAAUCUGGGAAAUCUCAAGGGUCUUGAACAGCUUCACGUGGAGUUCAAUUUCUUCGGCAGCAACACGAGUCAAGAUUUGAGUUUUUUACCAUCUCUGGCCAACUGCAGCGGUCUACAACAGCUAUAUUUUGAUGGAAACAAUAUUGGUGGUAUAAUAUCUAGCUCCAUUGGCAAUCUCUCUACCCUUGUUCAACUAGGCCUAGGACGAAAUCCAAUAUCAGGAACAAUCCCAGAAGAGGUAGGGAAUCUUGUGAAUUUGUUUCGAUUAGAUAUGGAUGGAAACCUUUUGGCAGGUAGCAUUCCCAUUUCUCUUGGAAAGAUUCAAAAGCUGGAAAGGCUAACCUUAAAUGACAAUCUACUUUCUGGAAAAAUCCCAGUGUCCCUGGGUAACAUCACCAAAAUGUAUUGGCUUCAUUUAGCAGGAAACAAAUUAGAAGGAAAUAUAACCCCAAGUCUUGGAAGCUGCAAAAAUCUUCGUUUCCUGGAUGCAUCAAGAAAUAAACUCACGGACAUCAUACCCAAACAAAUCUUUGGCCUUUCUUCUCUAUCAGAAACUCUUAACCUAUCACAGAACUCAUUGACAGGUCCCUUACCCUUAGAAGUUGGCAACUUGAAAAGUAUCAAUGCAUUAGAUGUCUCAGAGAACAAAUUCUAUGGGGAAAUUCCUUGGACAAUAGGUGAUUGUUCUAGGCUAGAAAUCCUUAACAUGCAGGGUAACUUCCUGCAAGGACCCAUUCCCUCAUCUUUUACUUCUUUGAGAGGUCUCCAACGAAUAGAUCUGUCCAGAAACAACUUGUCAGGAAAUAUUCCUAGUGAGUUAGAGAAGCUUAUCUUCUUGCUAUAUUUGAAUCUUUCAAACAAUAAUUUUGAGGGUGAGGUACCAAAAAUGGGAGUUUUCAGCAACGCAAGUGCAUUUUCAAUCAUUGGAAAUAGGAAUCUUUGUGGAGGUAUCCCUGAAUUGCAGCUGCCAGCAUGCCCUGUCAAAGAAGAAAAACACAGAAGGCCUUCCAUUGUCAUAAUCGUCACCACAACCAUCAGUUCAUUUCUCUUGCUCAUGAUAUGGACGUCCUUGUGUUUUUUCUACAGGCGAAAGUGGAAAAAAAGUCCAAUUUUAUUACCUUUUACAAUGGAUACGCUUCCUCAAAUUUCAUUCAAGGAACUCUUAGAAGCAACUGGCGGAUUCUCUUCAGAAAACUUAAUUGGACAAGGAAGUUUUGGCUCAGUAUAUAAAGGAAGUCUUGAUCACCAGGGGAAAUGUUUUGUUGCGGUAAAGGUGCUCAACCUUCAGCAACAUGGAGCUUCCAAGAGUUUCACUGCCGAGUGCAAAGCAUUGAAAAACAUCCGGCACAGGAAUCUUGUUAAAAUCUUGACGUACUGCUCCAGCAUUGAUUUUAAAGGCAAUGAUUUCAAAGCUCUAGUGUUUACAUUCAUGGAAAAUGGUAGUUUGGAAAUGUGGUUGCAUCCAGAGGAAAAUGGUUAUAGUCAGACAAGGAAAUUAAACUUUCUUCAAAGACUAUGCAUUGCCACUGAUGUGGCUUCUGCCUUGCAUUAUCUUCAUGACCAUUGUGAAACACCAAUCGUUCAUUGUGACUUGAAGCCCAGUAAUAUUCUUCUUGACAGUGACACGACUGCUCAUGUUGGUGACUUUGGAUUGGCGAGGCUCCUUUCUCAAAGCAACAAAAAUCCUUCUCAAAGCCAAAGUUUCUCAACUGGGAUAAAGGGAACAAUUGGCUACAUGGCACCAGAAUAUGGAGUAGGCAGCAGUGUAACAACUUACGGAGAUGUGUAUAGCUUUGGAAUCCUCUUGCUAGAGAUGCUCACAGGAAAGAGACCAACUCAUGAUAUGUUUACAAAUGGCUUAGAUCUCCACAACUUUGUUAAGGCUACGGUCCCAGGACAAGUCAUGCAGGUUGUGGAUCCCACGUUAUUCACUCCAGGAAAAUUGGGGGCAGCUACAGCAGCAGAAAAUAUGGAUGAUGAUGAAAGUGUUGAAGAUAGUAUACAAGAAUGUAUUGUAUCAGUCCUUCAAAUUGGACUCGCAUGCUCUGCGGAAGUGCCAAAAGAUCGAAUGAAUAUGAAAGACGUAACAAGCAAACUAAAUGCCAUCAAGGAUGCUUUCCUUCAUAGAGACCACAAACAAGUUUAGUAUGGAUUUGAUAUAUUGCAGAAGCACAGCUUCUGCAAUGAGAUGUAGAGACUCAGAAAAUAGCAGUUUUUCCAUUUCACAGAAAAAUAAUUAAAGAAUGCUUAACUUCAUAA